GAGGAUCUCCAUUGCAAUCUCUCUCUCUCUAUUUAUAAAUAAAUAUAAAAAUUGUUAGCUACAAAUUCCUUUUCUUUUCCUUUAAAUUAAGACAGUGGAAUUACCAAGAAGAAGAGAUAAAAAAGCAAGAGAGAGAUAUAUAUAAAUAGAGAGAGCGAGAGUGGGGAUGAUAAACACAUCCUCUGUUUUCAUUCCCAGAUUUUCUUCCUCUUAUUGAAAAUUUUAAAGAACCAAAACAAACAAAAAAAAAAAGAAAAAAAAAAAGAAGAAAUUUCCAUGCCCAUGAUUCUUCCUAUAUCUUCAUCCUUAAAUGAUAACAAAGUUUGGUUUUUGACUGAUACUCGGAAGAUCCGAUGCUGUUAGAUCGAAUUUGACAAAAACCCACUUCGUAUCUGAUCGAAGCAUCAAACUGGGUUCUGUCUGAAUUUUUAAGUUAAGAACAGAUGGAAUCGGAUCUUGGCAAACUCUUCAUUGGAGGGAUAUCUUGGGACACCGAUGAGGAACGUCUCAAGGAAUAUUUUGGAAAAUAUGGGGAAGUUAUAGAGGCUGUGAUCAUGAGAGAUCGCACCACCGGUCGUGCUCGUGGUUUCGGCUUUGUUGUCUUUGCUGAUCCUGCUGUUGCUGAGAGAGUCAUUGUGGAUAAGCACAUAAUCGAUGGCCGCACGGUUGAAGCAAAGAAAGCUGUUCCUAGGGAUGAUCAGCAGUCCAUAAAUAGACAGUCCGGUAGUGCGAAUGCCUCUCCUGGUCCUGGGCGCACGAAAAAGAUCUUUGUUGGAGGUUUGCCAUCAACUAUCACAGAAAGCGAUUUCAAGAAGUAUUUUGAUCAGUUCGGUACAAUUACUGAUGUUGUAGUAAUGUAUGAUCACAAUACUCAAAGGCCAAGAGGUUUUGGUUUCAUCACAUUUGAUUCGGAAGAAGCUGUGGAUCGAGUUCUUUAUAAAACUUUUCAUGAACUGAAUGGGAAGUUGGUCGAAGUCAAGAGAGCAGUUCCGAAAGAGCUAUCCCCUGGCCCCAGCCGAAGUCCAUUGAUAGGAUAUAACUAUGGUAUAAAUAGGGCCAGUAGCUAUCUAAACAACUAUGCUCAGGGUUAUAGUAUGAGUCCAAUAGGAGGAUAUGGCGUCAGGAUGGAUGGUAGGUUUAGUCCUCUUACUAGUGGUAGAAGCGGGUUUACUCCAUUCGGCAACACUGCUUAUGGAAUGGGAGUGAAUCUUGAGUCAGGAUUGAGCCCAAGCUAUGGAGGAACUUCUAGUUACGGGAGCAAUAUAGGAUACGGUCGAAUAUUUAGUCCUUUCUACAGUGGAAACUCGAGCAGAUACACCACUCCUAUAGGCUAUAGUGGGGGAAAUAGCAGAAGCGACUCUAUCAUGAACUCACCUUCUCGAAAUGUCUGGGGAAAUGGAGUCCUGAAUAACGCUAAUAACGCAGUCAGUCCUGGUUCUUUCUUGGGAUCUGGAAGUGGGAGCUUUGGUGUUUCAAUUGGAAAUAGUGGUGCUAAUUGGGGUCCAUCUAUUCCAUCCCAAGCCGGAGGAGCUGCUUCGGGCUAUGCUACGGGGAAUAAUGUUUAUGAAGGUGGAGAAUCCGGCUUUGGGUUAGGCGGGGGAGGGUAUGGAAGAAACAGUGGUACGGGUAUGACUCCAUCCUCUACGUUCGCUGCAUCAACUGGUAGUUUUGAAGGAUCCUAUGGGGAUUUAUACCGAACUGGCAGUGGUUCAGUUUACAAUGACUCUGCUUGGCGAACCGCUUCUUCUGAGAUGGAUGGUUCUGGCUCUUUUGGUUAUGGUCUUGGUGGUAUUGCUUCAGACGACCCUGUAAAGACUUCUGAGGGUUAUAUUGGAAGCUACAAUGUUACAAGUAGACAAUCUAAUAGAGGAAUUGCUGCUUAGGAGAUAUGAUAUUUGGUUAUGUCACAGUAACAGUAGAUCAAGCAAACUGGUCAGAGAAUUAAAAUGAGGUAUUUGUGAAUUCAUAAUGAGAGAAAAUCUGCAUCAGUCAUAUAUAUAUAUAUAACAAGAGAGAAAGGUGUUCUUUUGUUUUGAAGUAUACAUAUUCGAAAAACACAGAAAGCAGUUACAAGUGAUUUUGUGUAUGGUUUCCGGUUCCUUUUCGAUCGGUCGCUUUUUUUUUCCCCUCCCUUUUUGUUCUUCUUUUUGUGGAUUAUAUUUUUCAAGAACUAGGGUUCCUUUCUUGGAAUUUGAUUGAGGUGUAAAAUCAGAUUGCGGGAUAUAUACUCAAGAAGAUUUGUUGCAAUAGUGUACUAUUGCGUCUUGGCAGAGACGCCUUCUCCCCUUGUUAGUUUGUUUAAUUAUAGAGGAUUAUUAAUUUUUUUUAAAUUUCUUUCUUUUUUUCUUUUUGCCAUUGUAAUGCCUGGCACAAAGGUGUUUGUUCUUGUCACCAACUUUUUUCUUUUUUUCUUUCUUUUUUUUUUUGUCUGGAAUAUGUAAUUCUGAGAUCAAAUUGUAAGUUGAGGUGCAGUUUGAUUUUAUCAAGUGUGAAAACAUGAGUGGGAUUUGCCUUUAUGGGAUCCCAAUCAAAUAAUUAAAGUUUAUGAACAGUUUAUUAAUUUUUUUA